AUGGGUGGAGCCAAACUUGAUCAAAAGUCAGCUUGAAUUUGGAUCCAAUAUAGAAUGAUCAGUUUAAAGUCAAGUUUGAUUCGUUCAAAUCACAAAAAAAAAAUCACCAAAAAAAAUUGUCAACAAGCUAGUUUUUUGGUGUAGUGCUGCCAACGUACUGACUCGCGUGAGGAUUGUAGCCAAGCUUGAGUUGAAAAAUUUUAGCUCGAAUUUGAAUUGUUUGGAUUGAAUAUUAAUCCGAACUUGGUGUUUAAAUCCAGUCCACCCCAGACCUUUCUUUAUUUUGGGCUUACAAUGCCUUUUUUGGGUGCUUGGGUUUUCCAGACUGAAGAAAGGUCCAUUAAUUUUCAGCGCAGGUCCACAGAAAUAUCAUUGGACCGACGCUGCACACAAGCACCCCAAACCCUGACGGUAUUGAGAAACCUCAACUCAAGCUCCGGCGAAUACAAUUAACGUCAACUGAGUUCAAGCUCGAGCGAUUCAUACGUCAUGCAAACACUCUCGAACGCGCGUCUACUCAGUCGAGUCUUGAGACCGUUGAUUCUCCUGAACUCGCCUGAGGUACAAAUCUUCAUUGCCUCUAACAAUCGUCUUCAACAAUGGCAUCAGCGCAACACUUUUUCUUCUUUUUCUCCCUUCCUCUCAGUAAAAUUUGCAGAAGAAAAUCGUUUGCAAACAUCAACAGACCUAGUGCGUUUAAUGUUGACAUCGAGAGCUUUCUUUUCUAAGGAGGUGAAAAGCAUUGAGUGCAAUCCCUCAGCGACGGUGAAGGAGCUAUAUGAUAAGAUGCUCGAAUCUGUGAACAUUAAACGAUCAAUGCCCCCGAAUGAUUGGUUGUGGUCAUUGAUUGAAAACUGUAAAAACCAUGAUGAUAUCAAACUUCUAUUCGACAUUUUGGAGAACCUCCGCAGAUUUAGAUUGUCAAAUCUUCGCAUUCAUUCCAAUUUUGAUUGCAAUCUUUGCCGGGAAGUUGCAAAGGCAUGUGUUCGUGUAGGAGCCAUUGAUUUUGGAAAGAAGGCUUUGUGGACGAAUAACAUGUAUGGAUUGAGUCCUAGUGUUGCUUCUGCCCAUCAUUUGCUGUUAUUUGCUAAAGAUCACAAGGAUGCUAAACUCAUGGUGGAAGUAAUGAAACUUUUGAAACGCAAUAAUUUACCAUUACAACCUGGAACAGCAGACAUUGUUUUCAGAAUUUGCUAUGACAUAGAUGAUUGGGACUUGAUCUCCAAGUAUUCCCAAACAUUUAUCAAGGCUGGAGCAAAGUUGCGACAAACUACGUUCAACACUUGGAUGGAAUUUGCUGCUAAAAGAGGAGACACUGAGGCAUUGUGGAAUAUUGAGAACUUGAGAUCUGAGUUGAUGAAGCAGCAUUCUCUUGUGACUGGGUUUUCAUGUGCUAAGGGUCUUUUACUGGAAGGUAAGCCUGAGGAAGCUGCUGCCAUCAUUCAAGUUCUUAAUCAGACUUUAUCUGAUGCAAAGAGGUCAGGCAUUAUGAAUGAACUUCAGAAGCUGAUAAACGAGUGGCCUUUAGACGUUAUAAGGCAUCGAAAAGAGGACAAGAAGACAGUAGCUACUGCUUUAAAAUCUGAUAUUCCUGCCAUGAUUACUACUCUCGCAAAUUGGGGCUUGGAGGUGAGCGUAAAUUUAGAAGCCUUGACAAGGAUGGAAAGUAUUAUGGCUUAAAGUGCAAGUCAAUGAAAGUGAAGCACAUCAUUUUCCUAGGGCUUCAUUGCAUCAAUGAAAUGGAGAAUGGCCAUUUUUCAUGUUAAUCACUUGGCAAUUUUAUUUCUGGAAUCAGGCUGUAGAUUUGAGUAGCCAACUCUAAUUUCAUUUUGAAUGAUUUUGUAUCACAUUCAUUGCAUAUCAUUCUCAGGAUUGCAUUUUUUACCUUA